AUGGCGUCUUCCCCGCAACCAGGUAAACUAUUUCUAUGGAACCAUCCGGUCUCAUCCUACGCGCAAAAAGUCCGCAUAGCGCUACGGCACAAGGAGAUCCCGUUCGAUUUCGCGACGCCAAAAGGCGGCGGAUCCGGCUAUGCAGCACAAACCGACAGCGACUUCUCGAGCCAAAACCCGCGCAUCGAGAUGCCGAUGCUCGUGGACGGUGAUCUGCGCAUCUUCGACUCCACCAUCAUCCUCGAGUACAUCGAGGACAAGUAUCCGGAACGGCCACUCCUCCCGGCCGCGAAGGAUGAUCCGGUGGGACGGGCGAAAGCGCGCAUGAUCGAGGAUAUAUGCGACACCCACUACGAGGCGAUCAAUUGGGGGUUGGGGGAGGUUAAUUCUUUCGAGCGCGCCGAGGGCGAGGCGGCGGAGAAGCUGAGGAGGCAGGCUGAGCAUCAGAUCCGGCAGGUGCAUGGGUGGUUGGCGGAGCAGUUGGGGACGGACAGGGAGUGGUUUGUCGGCGGGGCGUUUGGGUGGGCGGAUCUGUGUGUGGCGAUCAUGGUUAGUCGGUCGACUUCACAUGGGAUUUGGCCGGAGGAGGGCGGCGUAUUGGCUAAGUGGUUUGAGGGGGUCAAGGAGGUAGAAGCCGUCAAGGUGACGUUGCAGGAGUGCAGCGAUGCGCUGAAGUCGCCACCGCCCUUUGCGGAUAUUGUUAGAAAAGGUUUGAUGCGGAGGCAGUAUCGGGAUCAUCGACUUGAGUGGAUGAUCAAGUCUGGUGGUGUGGAUGUUGUGUUGGCUGGGUUGGAGAAGAAGAAUAUUCGUUUUGCGUGGCCAGAUCCCCUGGAUUCUUGA